AUGAACAUAACUCGUGAUCAAGCCAUCUGUAGGUUUUUUUGUGAAGAUUACAGCAAAGAAAAUGCAGCAAGAUUGUCGAAAAAGAUCGAAGAGUUUGGCUCUUUUGAUGUGUGUUAUGAAAACGAUCCUAAGCGACCUGUUAUGGUGCAUUUGAGUGUGAUUAGGAACGAUCCCACUACCUUUAAACGUUAUUUAACUGAAGAAUCAGCUGUGGACCUUGAGGAAGCAGUAGAAGCAAAAUCUGAACUUGUAUCGGAACGACAAGUAAUCACAUUUCUGAAUGAAGUUUAUAAACCUACCGAUCCUCGAAAUGAAGCUGUCUAUUGCCUUCAAGAAGUUGACACCAAAGAAAUAUAUGAGUCAGUUAUUUCGAAAACUGAAUGCAUGAACAAGAAGUCAGAAGUAGCGUUUGCAACUUGGUGUUCGAAAAGAAAAGUUAGCUUUAUGGGUGAGCCAUUUACUAGGAAGAGGAGUACAGGAUCGAAUAAGCGCUAUAGGAGACUUUAUGUGAUGAAGAAUGAAUUUAGAGGUAAUAUACUAUUUGAGUUUCUUAGAAAUACCAUUAUUUAUUCUCUACUGUUAGAGGGUGUUGUGAAAUCCAUCACUACUGUAAUGAGUGAAUUACUUUUCAUUAGAGAGGUUUCAUUCGAUAAACAUAUAAAUAUGGCCUGCUUCUCAAUUCCUAAUAUCUUUAGUGAUUUUUAUCUGUUUUUCCUGCAUAUUAUACUUUUCUCUUGUUUUAAUAAAAGUAGUCUAGAUUAUCUUGUUGUAAUUUCCGUUCAGAGUUGUAAGUAA